CCGUGUCCGCGCCGCUGGCUCCGCCCGUACUCCAACUGCGUGAUCGGCGCCCGCUCGCACUUCGCUCCGCAAAGUCUGCCCGCCCGGGUCUUCCGUUACGCAAAUCGCGUACGCCCAGACCACCCACCUGUGGCAACGCUACAAGUCCCGUCCCUUCCUCGCAGCCACCCAGGCCUCGGAGCGUGCCGGCGGCGGGGGGCAGGGCGCCAGGUCAGUCCCGCAUCCUGCGAGGCACCAGCCUCUUCCCUCUUCCCCUCCACACACGCACCCGUCGCCCCGAGCCGAGGGAGGAGCGGUGCUGCCACCUCGCGUGGAGCCGAGCGCGAGUGGGGCCGGGGCCAUUGUGUCCAGCGGGUGAGGUAGGUGCCCCGGCGGGCAGCUCGCAGCCCCGAGGAGCGGGAGGACGGGUGGAGGGGUGAAGCAGGCCUCUGCCUCGCACUCACCCGGCCGGGCAGCCCAGGGCAGCGCUCCACGUGCCGCCAGCUCUUGAGGACACGCGCGGAGGGGACGCCCAGCCCGGCGCAGCGCAGGCUGCCCGCAGACAGCGAGCCCCGCGCCCCUCCGCCGGCCCCCGUGCCCCGCAGCGCUGCCCCGCAGCCCCCGGCAGCUUGCAGAGCCGCCCGGCUUCUGGAGGAGACGCCGGAGCGGACAGUCCGCGAGCGCAGUUUGUGAGUAGCGACGUGAACAGGAGCGUGAGGCUGUUGAGGUGUCUCGGCUGCCUGAGGGCUCCUGCUCACACCUGUGCGGGGCCUGGGCCGCGGAGGGACAAGCGGCGGCCGAAGCCAGGUUCAGUACUGCGGGCCUCUGAAGAACCGUGAUCGAACGCAACUUUUAACUGUCGCUGCGGUGCGGAAAACAAGCGCGAAGGAGACCCUGGUGUGUGUGUUGGUGUUUACAAGUGGUACAGGAUAGGUAAAAAGAAGAUGUCAGGUCGUCGUGUCGCUGCUGCAUGUGAUAGACGUCAGCUGCCACGGGGCAUGGGGAGCAUGGCAUCCCCCCUUCUUGACCCGCGUCCGCUUCGGCUGCCGUUUCUUGAGGCUGACAGUCGCCUCCAAUCGAUCUGCGGGCGCUCGAUGCAGCAGCCCUCGCGGAGGAGCAUUCUGCGGUCCCGGCCGCCGCCGCCGCCUCCUCCCCUGCCGCCGCCGCCCAUCGAUGCGCUCAGGGCUCCGGUCGCCAUUUUAGGGGGCGAGCGAGGGAGGCAGAAGGAAGGCACGGCCCCUCCAAGGCAUUCCUUGCUCACAAUGUAUAGAACAAAAGUCAGUUUGAAAGACCGUCAGCAACUUUAUAAACUGAUAAUUAGUCAGCUGCUGUAUGAUGGAUACAUAAAUAUUGCCAAUGGCUUGAUAAAUGAGAUAAAACCACAAUCAGUCUGUGCACCAUCUGAACAACUGCUGCACCUAAUUAAGUUAGGAAUGGAGAACGAUGACAGUGCUGUUCAAUAUGCAAUUGGACGGUCAGAUACGGUAGCUCCAGGCACAGGAAUUGACUUGGAAUUUGAUGCAGAUGUACAGACCAUGUCUCCUGAGGCUUCUGAAUAUGAGACUUGUUAUGUCACAUCUCAUAAAGGACCGUGUCGUGUAGCUACGUACAGCAGAGAUGGACAGUUAAUAGCUACAGGAUCUGCUGAUGCCUCAAUAAAAAUUCUUGAUACAGAGAGAAUGUUGGCCAAAAGUGCUAUGCCCAUUGAGGUCAUGAUGAAUGAGACAGCACAGCAAAAUAUGGAAAAUCACCCUGUUAUUCGGACUCUGUAUGAUCAUGUGGAUGAAGUUACGUGCUUAGCUUUUCAUCCAACAGAACAGAUCCUAGCAUCUGGUUCAAGGGACUACACACUUAAAUUGUUUGAUUAUUCAAAACCUUCUGCCAAAAGAGCCUUCAAAUAUAUACAGGAAGCAGAGAUGUUGCGCUCCAUUUCUUUUCACCCUUCUGGAGAUUUCAUACUUGUUGGCACCCAGCACCCUACUUUACGACUCUAUGAUAUCAAUACUUUCCAGUGUUUUGUGUCUUGCAACCCUCAAGACCAGCACACUGAUGCCAUCUGCUCAGUCAAUUACAACGCCAGUGCAAACAUGUAUGUGACAGGAAGUAAGGAUGGCUGCAUCAAACUGUGGGAUGGUGUUUCAAAUCGCUGCAUCACUACUUUUGAGAAGGCACAUGAUGGAGCUGAAGUCUGUUCUGCUAUUUUCUCCAAAAAUUCAAAGUAUAUCUUGUCAAGUGGAAAAGACUCUGUAGCUAAACUAUGGGAGAUAUCCACUGGUCGAACACUGGUGAAAUACACAGAGAACCGAACCUGCUUUGGGGCAGUUGUUUUAACCAUUGGACUCCUGCAAAAGAGAACUCUAGUAAGCCAUGGGAAUAUUCUGAAAACGGCUACAGCUGGAGCUGGUUUGAGUGGACGACAAGUACACAGGACACAAGCUGUCUUCAACCACACAGAAGACUAUGUGCUGCUUCCAGAUGAAAGGACCAUAAGUCUCUGCUGCUGGGAUUCAAGAACUGCUGAACGGAGAAAUCUUCUUUCUCUCGGGCACAACAGCAUUGUCCGUUGCAUUGUCCAUUCUCCCACCAAUCCUGGCUUCAUGACCUGCAGUGAUGACUACAGGGCUAGGUUUUGGUACAGAAGGUCAACGACAGACUAAGGACAGCUUUAUCAAACAGUUGAUUAUCCAGCUUCACUCUAUCAUCUUGUAUUGAUUGUACUGCCAACGGAUGCCUAGAUGAAAGCCGAGCUGUGUCUGUUUUUUACUUCUGUCAAAAGUGGCAGAAAGAGAGAAAAAUACUGAGAUUAAGUUUUGCCCCAUGCUAAUUUUCUUAUUAGUGUGUGUGGCAUUAAUUUUAUAAGUCAUCUCUAAUCAUACUCAAGGAGUGAGGGGGGAGAAUAAAAUGCUCCUUACAGCAAGGACUUCAACUUGUUCUGUCUUUCUAAAUCCCAUGAGAGAUAAUGUGACUGUAUCUUGCUCAAACUGGGCAGUAUGAGCCAGUUUUGCUCUGCAUUGUAUCUGUGCAAUCCCUCUGAAGUCUUAAGAAAGGAUUACACAAGUGACAGCAGAACUUGGCAUAUAUUUUAAUGAAGCCUUAAUCUGCCUUCAGUUCUGAUCAUUCUUUGUAUAGCUCAGUUUUGUAUCUUUUAGUCCAGGUUUUUUUUGCUGGAUUGUUUUGUUUUGUAAUUGGCCAAGUGGACCUUCUAUUCUGAGCCAGUCUUGUGCCAUAAGAAUUGGAAACUGGAUUUUAAAUUGUUCAGAUGAAUUCAAGAAAUGGUGUUCUAGUUCUGGUAUUAAAGCUCAGACUUGAAAUCUUGUCUGCUUUUGAAUUUAUCUUAAAAAGUGGGACCUCAAAGUAAAUUAAUUGUAUUUUCAAGGAGUAUCCACACUGCAGCUCUAAAAUGUGUCAGUGCUGCAGCAUGUGAAAGUGAGAAUCAUUUUGCCAUAGAGACCUUGAAUAUCCUCUCAAAGACAAAAACUGUGCAUAUUAGUUUUUGUAUAUAUGCCUCAGAAAUGUCUCUGUUUCAUUUUAUUGAGAUGUCCGUUCUACAUCUGUUUCACAGCACUUGAAUUACAUUUUUUUUCUAGUUACUCAAAAACCCAGACUGACUCUCUCUUUUCCCUGUUAUGGCUAAUAGUCCAAGUUUCCCAGACAUCACCUUGUUCAACAGAAGUAACUCAUUAAGAAACUCUGUGCUUAAACUUCUGUAAGUUUGAAAAGUCACUACUUAUUUUUGCAGACAGUUGCCUGUGCAAAGUUUUCACCAUGUUCAUUCAGGUAUCCUUGUACAGUGGACUUGGGCUCCACCUGUGGGGAGGCUUCCUUGAGUCAAAACAUCAGCACUUGCUUUUGUGAGGAUUUUUUAAUGUAAGAUUGUUCUUACUGCUGGAUCAGCUUUCCAUUACCACUGAUGAAGUGUCUUGUCAAGGGCUGAUGAGGGUACAGGUUUUGUCUGUAUUUAAAUAAAGAUUGCCUUUUAAAAAGUUA